CAUUAUAAUGUGUGACUGUUAACUUUGUAUCUGUGUGUUCCUAACAAAUUAAACCUGCAAGUAGAUGGGUACAUUAAUCCUGUUUAGUUUUUAAAUAUGUAUCUUACAGUUUGAAAUAAUCAUUAUAUAUUUGUGUCCACUGGGGGAUUGUUCCUAACACUCAUUUGCUUGGCCUGGAACUGACAAACACAGAAAGCAGAGCUCAGAGAUCCUGUUUUCUGCCAAGAUCUCCUUGUGUGUAUUAUCUUGAGAAUCCAAGACAAACUCCUGGGGAGGUCUCUACCAGUGAGGGGUCAACACCAGUAGACACAAGGUCCAUAAUGGUUUGGGGUUAAAGGUUAACUGAAACCUCAUUAUGAACGGCCCCCACCUGGCUCAACUUCCUGAAUUUGUUCGUCAUUCACCCCAUGCAACGUCUGUGAUCAACGCAUGAACUCAGAGUUGUGAAACAACUGGAACUUUGGAGCAGCGCCCCUUUCACUGUUCCUCAUCCUGUGCCUUCCCUUUUUUUUUUCUUUCCCCUGACUGUCCCCCCUCCUUCCUCUGCCAACUCCCCCAAACUCUGAGCUCCUCCUCUGCUGAAAAGACACAUUUCCUGAUGUCAUUACUAAAUCAAAAUGCUGCUCGGCAAACAGAUGUUGUGAGAGGCCCAACAUGUGGACUCAGUGACAUAAAUUAACAAGUUGGUCGUGAGAAAACAUGCACCAUACAUUUUAUUUUUCAUUCAAUCAGUGAAACCAUCUCUCUCACACUGCUCUUUAAAGUGGUGAGUGGUGACAGUGAGAAACUACCUUACAGAUGUAGCACAUUCAUGAGCUCCUUGAGACACAAAAGAACAAAAUAAAUCCCACUCUUUUGGUGUGUUUCUGACAUCUGUGUGUAACGAUAGUUAGACUUUUACAACAGCUGGUCAGCUCUGACUAACAACUUGUUCCUGUUUUGGUCAAAUUAACCUAAAUAUGAAAUAAUGCCUGUCUGCACAACACACCCUGCAGAGUCAUGAUUACAUCCACCCCAAAACGCUAAGCCCUAAAUGUUUACUUAUGUUUCCUAUUUGGCAGAGGCAGCCCAAAAGGCAAAUAAAUCACAUGCUGUGAGCUGGCCAGGCCUUCGACUGUGAGAAACUGAGACUAAAAAGCAGAACAAGAGUUAAAGAGUAAGGGUUUUCAGAUGUGAGUCCAGCCCAGCUUGGGUGUGCUCCCUUUUAUUUGAGAGAAUGGAGACGACAAUCUUUGUUGCCUCCACCCCUUUAAAAAAGGAAGAAAAUCCUAAAGAAACGUGUGUUGGAGAGGGGAAGAGCUGCUGCCAAGGCGCAGGGCCGUCAGACAGAUCUUCGGAGAACAUCUGGUAACCGCGGGUAACACUGUUUGGACAUCUGGUAACCGAAGGUUACACUGCGUCUCUUCCAUCCUGUCGGGUUUCCUGUUAUGCCUCGCUGUACACAGUCUAAGAGGUUUAGGUUUAUCAUACAUGGUCAUCAUCUGGGGAAAGCGUACCUUUAUUCAUUUUUUCUGACAUGAAGGGAGCACUUGGUUUCAUUGGGGUAUUCCUCUCCUUUCUCUCCGACACCACGUUUGGAGAGUCUGCCUUGCCAUUUGCUUGUGGGAAUUCUCACCAUUGUGUGGAAAUUUGCAAGGCUUGUAAUUACAUGUUUGGCGGUCCAACAAUGGAAUGCCUUUCAGUCUUGCUUGGCCAUCUAUGUCUUAAUAAGUUUGAGACUGCAAUGACAUCACUAAACAGCACAGACUGGUGCACCUGGGGUAAUGUAAGAGCUUCCUACAGUGAUUUAAGCCUUUGCACAGAGGAGAUGUCUGACUGUCUUUUCAUCCCAUGGCCCAACCCGCUGGUGGAGGACACGUUUGUGAACAUUCACUCUAAGUUUUUCAAGGAUUGUCCCACAGAGGAGCUAAGUGACCCACCACCAGUCAUCGUCUUUGCCCUGGUGAUAACACCCAUCUGCCUGAUCCCUGUCAUGGUCAGCCUUGUGGUGUUCAAGACUAAGAAUGGGGAUGGGAGCUCAUGAUCAUCUUAAAUCUCUGCUCUGCUCACAGUCACUGAGAAUAUCACUUUUGGGACAUAUGUUCUCCCUUUUCUCCCAACUUGGGGACUGCUUGUUAACAGACUGCUGCUGCGCUUUCAUCUCACCAGUAACCUUGCAGAGGAGGACAAGUUUACCGGUGCUUCACAACUCAGAGGAAUUCUGAAAUAUCAUCAACAGAGAAAAUCUAUCAAUAGAUGAUUCUGAUUCAGAAUUAAUGUCAUAUUCUGUGGCUGUUCAGUGACAAACUCCCUGAUGAUAUCAGAUACUCACUGUGACAAAAUCUGUGUUAUUAUAAAUUCAUACUGUACUGUACUGUGUCUCAUUAACGCUUUUAAAGAGGAGGCUAUGACCAAAGAUUUGUUUUCAGCCAACCAACCGACUGGAAAUCUGAACAUUGAUGGUUUUGGUUACCUCCAAACUGGAUACACAUGUUCAGAAAACAGCUUAAUUUAUAAUGGAGAACCCAAUAUUCAGGUUUAUGAAGACAAAAGCUCUCGAGCUUGCAAAAGUACAAGCUAAAUUUGUGUUGACACUUUUUAUGUGAACACCAGUUGUGUUGGUAAAAGACAAAGUAUUUUUCUUGUAUUACUGAAAUCCUGAACUCUUCCUAUCCCUCCUAUUUUGUUUUUUGCUGCUGCUCAAACAUAAAGAUGCUAUAUGUUAGUUGCCACAUAGCCAAUGUUAACCGUAACAAUUGUUUACUUAUCAGUCCAGAAGAAACUUGUGAGUUCAGCAUCAAACAUCAAAGCUGACUCAUGUUUUGCUUCUAUUUCUACCACUUCAUUUCUACUGAAGUUAGCAUGAUAACCAACCAGCAGCGGUCAAUCCGAUAAUAACACUUUGUACCACAAGAGGCAAUAGUGAGUCGCUGCAGCGUCAGUCCAACACAAGAGGAGGAUGAAGUAGCACUGCCCAGAAGGCGUAUAUUAACCUCUUGUCUGUAAAAUCAACGAUGGCUGAAGCUCGUGGUGAGUAAAACUGUUAAUGCUAAGUGCUGGCUAAGUAGCAAUAGGAAAAAUCUACAUAUUGCACCUUUAACUGUGCUUUGAGCCACUAAUUAGACAAUGUACAGUCUAUUCAAUUUAAGUCUGAACUGAAUGCAGAUAUUUGUUCAUGUUUGAUAUUUGAAAAGGGUCCUCUAUCUGUAUACAGGGAGGACAGGAAAAUGAGGACAGACUGAUGGAUGCAUGGAUGUGGUUAUGUGAGUCAUAGCAUAUGGAAGGUUUUGGGGUCAGAGGUCACAGAUGGGACACAAUGAAUGGGUACGCCCAGAAAGGGAGAUCUUUUUCCUGGCGUUGUCUACUUUUGGACAGUAAUAAAUCCUUCAGCACUCUCCCCUGUCUAAACAGUGAUAAUGAUAAUGAUUUGAAGCAAAGUUUAUCCAACAUCUCCAUCCAGUUCAGACAAAAGACAUGAAAUUUGUCUGUGCAGCAUAGUGAUAAACACUGAGUAAUGACAAAAAAGUGUUAUCUUUCGCCUGAAUCUUGAUAAUGUGGGUAUGUAUUGUUAUGACGAUAAAGCCAUUGUUAAGUGGUUUCAGAUUUGGAACAAAGUGUGUAUUUAUAGACUGUGUUAUUUUUCUGCCAUUGUCAGGACUUACUGUACUGUGAGAGAAUGCAUUCUGCCUACUUUCACACCGUGUACUGUAUGCAUUUUAAUAUACUUUUUUAUAUUUCAUACAAUUAAAUCUACAGUUGACUAUA